AUGUCUCCUCCUCAAUGGGUCAAAGAUCUGAAACCCGCGCCUCCUCAAGGUAGUGACCUCAUUCAAGCAGAGAGAGAGAAAUCCAAACUCUCUGUUGACAAGCUAUCCAAUUUCCUGUUCACGAAACAAGUCAUCGAGCGUCAGGAGCGCAUUUUAAAGAUUCUUCAGUCCGAGAAGGUCUUCGACAAAUCCCAGAAUUAUUUCGAUGGGAGAAUCGAUAAAUUCAAGACAGCUCUAGCAAGAGCAAAGAGGCUGAGACAGCUUCAAGUUAAGCAUAACUGGAGUAGAGAUGAGUAUAUGUGUGCCAAUGAUUUGGUCAGCGAGCCUGGUCCUUAUGGACUGCAUGCUAGCAUGUACUUGACCACGCUUCGUGACCAAGGUACUCCUGAACAACACAAGCUCUUUCUUCAACCUGCAGAAAACUAUAGAGCCAUCGGCUGUUAUGCACAAACCGAGCUUGGACAUGGAUCGAACGUACGAGGCUUGGAGACUACAGCUACAUGGAACCCAGAGGACAAGACAUUCAUACUACAUUCCCCACAUCUUACUGCCUCUAAAUGGUGGAUUGGCAGCUUAGGAAGAACUGCCAAUCAUGCUGUCGUAAUGGCUCAAUUGGUCAUUGAUGGGAAAACAUAUGGUCCACACCCCUUCGUGUGCCAAAUCAGAGAUAUGAAGACCCACGAACCCUUAGAAGGUGUUCAUGUUGGUGACAUAGGGCCAAAAUUUGGAUACAAUUCAAUGGACAACGGUUUUCUACUGUUGAACAAAGUCAAAAUACCCCAUAUCAACAUGCUGGCAAAGUUCUCUAGUGUCGAUCCAGAAUCCAACAAAUACGUCAAGCCUUCCUCGCCUUCCCUUGUCUAUGGAACACUGACUUGGGUCCGCUCAACGAUUGUGCUGCAAUCGGGAGGGGUUCUGGCUCGAGGUGUUACCAUUGCAGUAAGAUAUGCUUCAGUAAGGCGUCAGUUUCAGGAUCGAGAUGCGCCAUCGGACGCCGAUGGCGAGAACCAAGUCCUGAACUACACCAUGGUUCAAUUCAGAUUGCUGCCUUUGUUAGCAGCUACGUUUGCCUUGCACUUCACCGGGAAAGCUAUGAUGGGCCUUUAUGAGGAAAAUCAAAAAAAGAUGAUCAACUCUGAUGCCGGAAAGGUUGCAGACACAAACCGAGGUGCUGGACCUGAAGAGAUCCACUCUGGCAGUGAUUUACUGGCCGAUCUGCAUGCCACAUCUUGUGGUCUGAAGGCUCUAAGCAGUACUACCGCCGCUGAGGGCUUAGAGGUGUGUCGUAGAGCAUGCGGUGGCCACGGGUAUAGUAGUUUCGGUGGAAUAGGUGCUUGGUACGCUGAUUAUCUCCCGACCUGCAGUUGGGAAGGAGACAAUUUUAUGCUUAGUCAGCAGGUAGCUCGUUAUCUUCUUAAAUCGGCCAGAGCAGUUCUGAAGGGAAACGCUCCUAACAAUGACACCACCAAGAUCUUCACAAACUUUCUCCAAAAGCAAGAUAUGGGAGCAGCCCACGACGUGCUCGGCUCAGACGCUGACCUUGUUGCCGCCUUUGCGUGGCGUACAUCAUUUUUAACGUUUGAAGCACUUAAGCACCGCGACGUGGAGAAGAACUCAUGGAACUCGCUUCUUGUUGACUUCUGGCGUCUCAGUACAGCUCACUCACAAUACCUGGUUGUCAAGAAUUUCUACGAUGCUCUUCAGAGUGAUAGUUUGCAGUACGAACUCGAUUCAACAACAAUCGACGUAUUGCAUAAACUUUUCCGUCUUUACGCCUUGAACACGCUGGAGAAGGAAGCAUCGGAGUUUUAUUCCUCUUCAGCUGUUACCGUUCGCCAGAUCCAACUUGCCAGAACUAAGAGUGUCAUGAAGCUACUUGAAGAGAUUAGGCCUCAUGCAUUGAGAUUAGUGGAUGCCUGGAAUUUCCCAGACUGGCAGCUUGACUCAUCACUGGGACGAAAGGACGGGAAAGUCUAUGAAGAUAUGUUCCAUCGGGCAAGUGAGUUGAACCCUCUAAACGGGUUGACCAUCGAUCCAUACCCAGAUAGUGAUGUCUUGGUCAAGAAGGACGAGAGCGAAAGAUUCAAGAGCAAGUUGUAG